CUGCACAAGAACGGUAUAACGUUAUCCAUUAACAAGGUCACUGAUUUGUGCAAAUGAUGUCUUUGCAGAGGACCAAGUUGUUUCCUUUUUUCAUUGUCCUUGUUUCCUUCACAUGUAGUCUCUCCCUUGCUAUGUCCAGUAACCAGUUGGAGCAGUUUGCUUCGGAGGAAGAAGUGUUUCAACUAUUCCAAGCGUGGCAGAAGGAGCAUAAGCGUGAAUAUGGCAACCAAGAGGAGAAGGCAAAGAGGUUCCAGAUAUUCCAAAGUAAUUUGAGGUACAUCAACGAGAUGAAUGCGAAGAGUAAGUCACCUACGACGCAACAUCGUUUGGGUCUGAACAAGUUUGCUGAUAUGAGUCCUGAGGAGUUUAUGAAAACCUACUUGAAAGAAAUAGAGAUGCCCUACUCCAACUUGGAGAGUAGGAAGAAGCUGCAGAAGGGUGAUGAUGCUGACUGUGAUAAUCUUCCUCAUUCUGUAGAUUGGAGGGACAAGGGAGCUGUCACUGAAGUUAGAGACCAAGGAAAAUGCCAAAGCCAUUGGGCUUUCAGUGUCACGGGGGCCAUAGAAGGAAUAAACAAAAUAGUUACUGGGAAUCUUGUUUCCCUAUCUGUACAACAAGUCGUGGAUUGUGACCCUGCUAGCCAUGGUUGUGCUGGAGGCUUUUACUUCAAUGCAUUUGGUUACGUUAUAGAAAAUGGUGGCAUUGACACAGAAGCUCAUUAUCCUUACACAGCCCAAAACGGUACUUGCAAGGCGAAUGCAAACAAGGUUGUUAGUAUUGAUAAUCUUCUAGUUGUGGUUGGACCAGAAGAAGCUCUCUUGUGCCGUGUUAGCAAACAACCUGUUAGCGUGAGCAUAGAUGCAACUGGCCUUCAAUUUUAUGCGGGUGGAGUCUAUGGUGGUGAGAACUGCUCAAAGAAUUCAACAAAAGCGACUCUUGUUUGUUUAAUCGUGGGUUAUGGUUCGGUGGGUGGCGAAGACUAUUGGAUUGUGAAGAACUCGUGGGGAAAAGACUGGGGAGAAGAAGGUUACCUCUUAAUCAAAAGGAAUGUUAGCGACGAGUGGCCUUAUGGUGUUUGUGCCAUCAAUGCUGCACCUGGUUUUCCAAUAAUCAAAGAGGUUGCAUCGUCUUCAGCUAUAUAGUGGACUAGAGCAUGGAGUACUAUCCAUCCUUUUGAAACCUAUAACCUGUAACAGCAUUUUGUAGUGUUAUCUUGUAUCUGGGCAUAUUACUACUUAAGUACUUGCCCUUUCUCCAACAAUAAUAACGUUUAUGAACUACAAGUGCGUUUGGUAAUUCGGGUUAAGGUGCUUUAAUAAAAUAAUGGAUGGUGGUGGUAGUUCUACCAGUUGGCUUUGGUUUA